UUAAAAUGCUGAAAACAUACUGCCAUAGACGAACGAUUGAUCCAAGCGCCCUUGAGAUCCUGUUCACUAUUAAUAUAUUCUUGAAUGGCAGCUUAUUGGGUUGAUGCAACUGUCUCCAGUCAUUGUAUUCUUUAUAGAUUUUUACUGUAUAUUGACAUACAACAUUUGGCGUUAAUAAGUACUAAAAUAUGUAGGAAGUACAAUAGCCUUGCACAAUUGCAUCUAAAUCAGUUGCCCUGGUGUAUAAUAAGCGUGAUUUAGAUAGGGAAAAGCUUAAUGCCAAGUACAACUGCAGUGAAGUACAACAUGGACAUUGAAAAUCAUCAUAUGUAUGUGCAUUUUUUCUUGUCAACAUUUGUUUGUUGUGCCAUCAAAAUCAUAUGGCUGGAGCAGAAUGUAACUUGGCAUAGAAACACUGAGUACAGGAAACUAGUAAACACUGAGUACAGGAAACUAGGAAACUUGAAGUUUGAUCUAAUGUUAUUCACAGAGCUCAAAAUGAACACAAAAUUCCCUUGGACAGUUCCACUUUCUGAUAUACUAAAGCUACAUGUUCCAGGAAGUAACGAUAAAAAGGCUAAAUACAUCUUAUAUCAACAUGUUUGCUCAUCAAUAAAGCCAAACAUUGCUCAAGAUGAAGCAGAUUCUAUAGCUUUUUAUCAAGUUUAUAACAAAAAGAAUAGAGACAAAUUUAAAAUUCCAAAGUUUCUCGAACAUAUCGUAGAUAGCAAUAAAACUCCAGUUGUCACUUUAAGGACUGGAUAUAAAGCUUUUCAAGUUGGAAUGCAAGGAAGGCAAUUCACAAGCUAUUGGGAAAUCUUUGUCAAAACGCAUGAGUUGGAACUAGGCGACACUUUGGUCUUCAUCCCAGAGUCCAUUAAUAGCUUUACAGUCCAGAUUUACAAACCAAAUGGAGUUGAGAAACUUUUCCCUUGGUAUCAUAAGUAUUAUGUGUAUUCUUAUUUGUAGAUUCCUUUCACGUUCUAGCUAUAAA